UCUGCAGCUCCUCGUAUCGUCUGACUACUCGUCUCGCCAUGGCCAACCCCCGCCAGCGCUCCAAGGCCAAGUCGCACAAGUCGACCAAGCCGUCGCUCGCGCAGAAGAAGCGCAUGCACGCCAAGCUCAAGAAGGCGCCCCCCCUGCGCGGCCCCGAGACUCUCCAGAAGGCCUGGGACAAGAAGAAGACGGUGUACCAGAACUACGCUGCCCUCGGCCUCCUCCCCACCAUCCCGAUCCCGAGCAAGCCGGAGCGCAACCAGCGCGUCAAGCUCCCCCUCCUCCCGCCGACGGAGGAGGCCUCGGCGCCCAAGAUCGGGUUCGGGCGCAUCGUGCGCGACGACGACGGCAAUGUCAUCGACAUCAUCAUCGACGACGACGAGGAAGAUGACGGGAAACCCAAGCCGCUGAAUGCGGAAGAGAAAGCGCCCGAGCCUGUGGUUGCGAAGACGCAGGUCGUGCGGGACCUCGAGGCACUCGCGGCCUCCGCGGCGCCCGUGCAGCGCCACACGUCGUCGCAGGAGCAUGUGUGGCUCGCGGAGCUGGUGCGCGCGCACGACGACGACUACACUUCCAUGGCGCGCGACAGGAAGCUGAAUGUGUGGCAGAAGACGCCGGGGGAGAUCAAGCGCAUGGUGAAGAAGGCGGGCGGCGUGCAGGCCCUGCGCGGGAUGGACGUCGACGCGUAGUGUUGUAGGAUCAUGUAUUGCUUAGAUGGG